UUAUUUAUUUUUUUCAGGAAACCAGAACCUAUGGCGCCCAUGGCAGUCUUUCAGACAUCAUUCCUCUUGGCAUUGCUGCCUUUGAGUGCUCACCAGAGCGAAGUCUCGUCCGAACCUUUAUCGCUGAAUGUGUCCAUCAGUUCCGCACAGCAGCGUUUGCAUCUAAAAUGGAGUGUCCACAACCUGACUCAUCCGGAAUUGAAAAUGGCUUUUCAGAUUGAGAUCAGUAGAAUUAACAAAUCCAAUGUCAUCUGGGUGGAGAACUAUAGCACCACUGUGCAGCAGAACCAGACCCUGCACUGGACAUGGGAAUCUGAGCUGCCUCUGGAAUGUGCGACACACUUUGUAAGGAUAUGGGGGAAGGAGGAUGACGCCUGGGCCCCCCACCAGAGGGUCUGGAGCAGCUGGAGCUCAUGGGUGAAAGUGGAUGCUCAGAGUUUGCUUGGACAAGGCCCGCCGCUUGUUUUCCCUAUAGAUAAGCUGGUGGAGGAGGGAUCCAAUGUCACCGUCUGUUACGUUUCUAGGCACAGUCAGAGUAACGUAUCCUGUCUCUUGCAUGGCCAACGGAUCCCCAGAGAGCAGCUGGACACACACGUGUCUGUGUUCACCUUGACGAAUGUUUCCUUCAUUAGCACCUGGGGAUCGAACUUCUACUGUGAGAACGACCCAGACAUCAUAGCCGGCGCCGAACCGGGCACGGUUCUCUUUGUCUCUAAAGUACUUGAGGAGCCCAAGGGCUUUUCUUGUGAGACUCGGGACUUCAGGACUUUGAACUGCACUUGGGAUCCCAGGAGCGACACUGACCUGCCGAAAUACCGCUCCCAACGCUACGCUUUAUUUGAAUCAUUUUCCGGGAAAACGAAAUCCUGUGAACAAAAAAACUGGUGUACUUGGCAAGUAGCUCAAGACUCACAAAUGUAUAACUUUACACUCAUAGCUGAAAACUACUUCAGAAAGAGGAGUGUCAAUCUUCUCUUCAACCUGGCGCACCGAGUUCACCCAAUGACUCCCUUUAAUGUGCUAUUUGAAAGUGUAAGCACCGCAAAUGCCACCAUGACCUGGAAGGUCCAUUCCCUGGGGAAUUUUUCCACGUUUUUGUGUCAGGUUGAACUCCAUGGCGAAGGAAGAGCGAUACAACAGCACAAUGCUUCCAGCCAGGUGGAUGGUCAGUACUUCUUCAGCGGUCUGGCCCCCGCCACAGAGUAUGCGGCCCGAGUGCGCUGUGCUGCCAAGCACUUCUGGAAAUGGAGUGAAUGGGCUGGCCAGAACUUCAGUACACUCCAAGCUGCUCCCUCCAAGGCUCCUGAUGUCUGGAGAAGCGUGAGGUCAACGCUGGGAUCUUGUAAUGUCACUUUAUUCUGGAAGCCACUGUCCAAAUCGCAGGCCCAUGGGGAGGUUCUUUUCUACAAUGUAGCUACCGAAUUCCUGGGCAGACCGUCCAGCUCAAAGCUCUUCUCCAUCCCUGCUCCGGCCACCGGCACAGAACUAAGCCUUGAUGGGUGCUCGCACAAAAUCCGCGUCACCGCCAGCAACAGUGCGGGCACGUCUCCCGCGUCUGUGAUGGCCAUCAGGGACCCCGGGAACCAAACAGCAGAGGUUAAAGAAGAAAGAAUUCAAGGCACAGAGGACGGAGUCUCUAUGUCCUGGAAACCGCCACCUGGAGAUGUCAUAGGCUACGUGGUGGACUGGUGUGAUGGUCCCCAGGAGUCGUCCUGCGAUCUCCAGUGGGAAAACCUGGGCCCCAAUGCCACCAGCACCAUCAUCAGCUCAGAUGCUUUCAGACCAGGAGUCCGAUACAACUUUAGGAUUUAUGGAAUUUCUCCAGAAAGUACGGCCUAUUUAUUGGAGAGAAAGACAGGAUACUCCCAGGAGCUAGCUCCUGCAAACAACCCUCGCGUGAACAUAAGCAACCUGACACAGCACUCCUUCACUCUGAGUUGGGAGGAUUACGCCACUGACUCCCAGCCUGGUUUCAUCCAAGGGUACCGCAUCUACCUGCGAUCCAAGGCAGAGCAGUGCCCCCCGGAGUUCACAAAGGCAGACCUCCCAGAUAACUCAGAAGGUUGCAAACAUGACAUCGAUAACCCAGAGCAAAAGACAUUUGUUGUGGAGAACCUGCAGCCGGAAUCCUUCUACGAGUUCCUGGUCACUCCGCGCACGAGGGCCGGUGAGGGCCCGGCCCACCCCUUCGGCAAGGUCACCACCCGUGAGCAGCAUGCCCAUGCACUGAUCCGCACCAUCCUCCCCAUGGUUUUCCUCCUCCUGCUCCUCACGGUCCUGUGCUAUGUGAAGAGUCAGUGGAUGAAGGAGACAUGUUAUCCUGACAUUCCAGACCCGUACAAGAGCAGCGUCCUGUCCUUACUAAAACCCAAGGAGAACGCCCACCUGACAAUCAUGAGUGCCCAUGACUGCAUCCCCGACAAGCUGGAGGUGGUGAACAAGCCCGAGGGGAUUAAGGCCCAGUUCCCAGGCGCCAGGAAGUCGCUGGCAGAAACGGACCGCACUAAGCACGACUACAUUUACCUCCUGCCCACGGAGAAGAGCUCCGUGGGCCCGGGCCCUGGCAUCUGCUUUGAGAACUUGACCUAUAAUCAGGCAGCCCCUGACGCUGGGUUCUGUGGCCCCGUCCCAGCACCCCAUACAGCCCCCCCAGGGAUGGGGGGCCUUCUGACUGCACCUGGGAAUUUGCUGAGGUCCCUAGAGCCGAGCUACAUGAACUCCUCCGGGGAAACCCCAGCCGGAGAGACCACUCUGAAUUACGUGUCCCAGGUGGCCUCACCCACAUCUGGGCACAAGGACAGUCCCCCAACAAAUUCCCUGGAGCUAGCACCCCGUUCCGAGUACAGAAUGCAAAUGGCUAUCCCCCCGGGUCUUGCCUCACCUUCCCCGAAUGAGAAUAGCAGUCUCUCCUCCAUGAGCUUUUUGGGUCCAGGCGAACACCGCGGCUAAGCAUACAUCCCUUUCACACCUUCACACGGUUACAGAGACACCGAGAAGCACGGCCGGCCCCACCCCAUCGCCAGGCCCCCACGGCGGGGAGGUCUGCGUCAGACAAGAUCACUGCCAUCGCGCUAGGUUUCCAAGUUCAGAAGCCAUGAAACUGACCUCCCUCCCUCGCAGCAGGCUCGCUGUGGAAACGCCCGCGUUGUAGGAGCGGGGACCCUGCUUACCUGGUGGCUGCAUGUCCCAGGCUCGCCUUGUAACAGCCUCCCUGGCCCCCCUCGCAGGGGCAGACCCCAUCCUUGCAGUCCCGGGCAGGGCGGCUACGGUCCUGGAAUUCAGCCUGUCACCAGAAAGGUUUCCAUUAAGUUCCACCCCCACGUUUCCUAACUUAAGGUUAAAGGAACCAGAUUGAAGCCUUUAAUUGAAAAGGCUACCGGCGUUUCGUUCCUAGAGCCUACGUUGUCAGUGUUUACUGAUUCUAGGUGCAUUUCAUGAAAAUGUCACAGAUGUCUGAGACCGACACAGGUUGGACUUGUCUCGCAGUGACAAGAACUGGCCGUGCAUUGGCGCAGUAAAAACUCCUGGGGCGCAGGCCUUGCCUAACAGAUGAGAGUGCACGUGUCGGAAGACCGCCACCCUGUCCCCUCUCACUCACCACCGUCAGAGGGACUGGCCAGGGACUCCCAGUGUCAGGAUAACGGCGCUCCCGCUGGGUGGACGCCGGUCUGCCACCGGAAUUGUGGAUGACUACCUCAGAGAGAGGAAAGCGCAGCAUUGAGUAGUUCCGUUUACUUCCCAUGGUUCCUCUUUUCUUUCAAGAACUGCCAGGUACGUGGCCUGUGUUCAUGUGGCAUCCUUUGGACUGUGCAGCAGGUGGUCAGGGCCAAGUACCCCCUCCCUCUCAUCUAUAUGUCUGCAUUAGCAAGUGAAGCCACGCCGCGGGGCCCGUUUGGGCAGAGCUCCUAGAGGCCACCUGGAGGGAACUCGCUUCUGGCUCAGCAGCCUCGUCUCCUUGAACCUGUGCAUGCGAGCCGCGCAGCAGGUGCUACAUGCACGCAGCUCCUUCCUCUGCCGCCUGCCCGCCCGUCAGCUGCAAUGUGGAUCGAUCACAUUUCUAAACAAGCACACCUGGGGGUGCCGUUUGCCCAAUGAAGACGGCACUGCCUCUGCCUCUGGUACCCCAUGACCCGCACUCCACACUCAACCCCACGGAGAGAGGGAGGAAAGGACCCGCCUAAAGCCAGGUGGCUGUCAGCCGGCCUCCGUGUACCUGCACACACCAGGGCUUCUGUUCGGGCUCUUCACCGCUGUGCUCGCAUGUAUUUAAGCCUUUUCCCAACACAGUACCAACGAGUAUCUCAGUUAGUAAUUCCAAGAGGACCCUGGGUUCAGUGUUGUCAUUUAGCCUCGUGUUUGUCACAACGCAAUCGUAAAAGCCCACAGAGAUGUCAGUGGCAGUGAUGACUGACUUGUAAAGUCUUUCAUAGUUUCUUUAAAAAAUAAUGCCUGCCCUGGAAGUCGUUUUUGUUGUAACAAGCUCUCAUUAAAGUGUUACACCCCUGUU